ACCAAUAAGCCUUCUGAUCUCUGAUAAAUCAGUAAAUAUACCACCAUGGCACCGUCCACUGAAACACGAUGGCACUGAUGGUGUCCGAGUCAAAACAGCGAACCACCAUCCCAAAUUCUUCCUGACUUAGAUUCGAAGGUGGGAAGGAUCGAUCAGUGACUCGGAUUGAACCAAAUUGAACUGACUAUCAACAGAUUGACUGAACGGCCUACCCUAAACUACGUACACCUCUAAUCACCUGACCUCUAAACUCGUUAUAACCAUUCCUCGUCUCGGUUCUGAGAGUCGCGCCAACAUGGCAAGUCUAAAAAGUUCAAGUUCCUUCAUCACACCCUUGACGUUCGACGUUUGUGACCGUUUUGAUGUCCGAGUCAGAGAUGUAGAUAUCCACGGACACCCCACGACUAUCUGCUUACAAACUUCCCCGAACUCGAAUCAAUGUUUUAAACUUCCUAGAUGAGUGGUCACAUCCAUCGAUAGACGCGCGUAGACCUUGCCCAGAGUGCCUUACCUAUGGAUCCUCAACCGGACAAUCUGCUCGAGCGGAGGGAGAGAUUCAUUCUAGUCACAGCCGACUGAUCGGUAACUGGUCAUCCUUCUUCCCGAUCAAUCUUGCCCAACGUUCUCGAACGGACACUCAGGAAGAGAGUGAGAGAGU